AUGCCUGGAAAAGACGCUGGCACUCCCCGUGUCUUCCUCUACCGACACGGUCAAACCGAGUGGUCCAAGAAUGGACGCUACACCGGUGUCACCGAGCUUGAGCUCCUCAAAGAUGGUGAGAAGCAGGUCUCUGCUUCCGGCAAGAUUAUUGUUGGCCCGGGCAAAUUGAUUGAUCCCGCCAACCUUGCCCACGUCUACAUCAGUCCUCGCAGACGUGCAAUGCAGACCUUUGAAAUUGCUUUCAAUGAUGCCGAUCAGAAGGCCCUGAGAGAUGCAAACAAAAUCUCUGAGACCGGCAGAAUUGCCGAAUGGGAUUACGGUCUGUACGAAGGCAUGCUGACCAAGGAUAUCCGUGCCUUACGAAAGGAGCACGGUCUCGAUGCCGAGAAGCCUUGGGAUAUUUGGCGCGAUGGUUGUGAGAACGGAGAGUCUGCGCAGCAGGUCACAGACCGCCUUGAUGAUCUCAUUCGGGAGAUUCGCUCCAUUCAGAAGGGUAACAUGCAUGGCGAGAACCCUGCCGAUGUCCUCCUUGUUUCCCAUGGUCAUCUUCUUCGUGCCUUCACCAAGCGCUGGCUUGGGUACCCCAUGGAAUUCCCUCUAUCCUUGAUGCUUGACCCUGGUGCUGUUGGCGUUCUCAGCUACCAACACCACAACAUUGAUGAGCCAGCUAUGCUGGUUGGUUAUGGCUUCCCUGUGGAGGAAUAG